AUGGCGCUGGCCAGCGGACACUGGCUGGAGAAAGAGAUGAAGGGGCAGGUCCCAAGUCCCAGAUAUGGUCAUGCUUUAGCUGUGGCGGGAAACAUUGCCUUUCUCUUUGGAGGAGCCUCCAACAUCACCCAAGAGGACAGUCCUGUUUACUUCAAUGACUUCUACAUGCUCACAGUUUCCCCAGAUGACAUAAAAUGGGAGGAGAUUCCUCAGAAUGGAGAAGUUCCUUCAGCCAGAGAAGGACACACCCUCUGUGUCGUUAAAGGGAAACUGUAUCUGUUUGGAGGACUGUCCAAUCCCAAGGCUACCGAAUGUCUUCCAGGAGUUUACAGUUUUGACAUCGUGUCUCUCACCUGGGAUUACUUGACAACCGGGAUUGUUACCGUGAGAACUCUGAGACACAGCUCCGUGGCUGUGGGAGACAACAUCUACGUCUAUGGAGGCACACUGGCCGGAACGCUAACCGAUGACCUCAUGGUCUUCAACACAGUGUCUCACACCUGGACACCGGUUAAGACAAGCGGCUCAACACCUCCACCCCUGUUAGAUCAGCAUUUUGCUCUGGUUGGUGAUCAAAUUUUUAUGUUUGGUGGUUACGGAGCAAGUGAUGACUUCUGUAAAGACCUUUAUAUCCUCAACCCAGAAAACCUGGUGUGGCACAAAUGGGAGACAAAGGGAGAAUUACCUGCUGCCUGUAGUGGACAAACAGUGACGGCACACCAUGACAAAGAUGUUUACUUGUUUGGAGGAAAAAGCAUAAACGAUGAUGGCACAGUGACGUCAUCCAAUGAAAUUCAUAAAUUCAGUAUUGCCAAGUUGAAGUGGAAGAUCCCAUUGUAUGUUGGCAUUCCUCCGGCACGGCGAAAUGGACACACCGCCUUCAUUGUUCACAGUCAUCUGUACAUAUUUGGAGGAAAGAAUGAAGAGCAGGAGUUUGACGACCUGAAAGUCAUGAAACUCAUUAACCCCUCAGAAAGGCAACCAGUGAUGAAGGAGAUUCUGUCGGAGUUCGGUCUACAAGGAACCAGCUACAGUUUCACUCCCACUAAAAUCCCAAAUGUUCGCUAUGAGCUGAGCAAAACUUCUCCAGCCAACCAUUUCAGGAGCACAAAUGCUAAUGUACAGGUUUUUGUCCACAGAGACUUCAGCGUAGUUCGAGACAAAGCCAUGUCAUUGAUACAGACUGCUUUCACUCUACUGGACCAGGAGUUCCAGAAACUGGAUCGGGAGAAGACAACGUUGUUCAAAUCUGCUGCUGCUCUUCAAAUAGAGAGAGAAGCCAUGGAGAAACAGAAGCAGCAACAUCAACAGGAGUUGCAGGAAAUGCUGGAAAAACAUCGCUCUCAAAAUGAAACAUGGCUUAGAGCCAGAGCUGAAGAGAACGACCAAGAGCGGAGGGAGCUCUACAGAUUGCGGGAGGAGGUGCUGCAUGAGCAAGAGAGGAUGAAGGAGGAGCACGUCAGAAUCCAAAAACGCAGUGAAAAUCUUCUGUCAGUUAUGCAACAAUUCAAAGGAAUGUAAACAUGACAUAGUUAUAGGUUGACCAAGAGGUACUAAAAGGACAA